ACGCCCACUCUGCGUUAGUCAGCUGUUUGUUUGCACAGCGGUAGGGGUAACAUUUUUUUUGCAGCUCUGUUUUUUCGUUCUUUUUUGGAUUUUGGAACCUUUUUUGGUGUUUUUUUUUAUUUUGUAGAAUUACCUCCCCACAGUUUUCUACUGUUGGGGAGGGGUUUUCUCCUUUUUGUAAUGGAGUUGUCAAAGAACAAGCGGACGGAUCCCUCGGUUUUGGACAAUUUGGAAAGGAACACGGAAACAAGCUUCGAACAAGUGAAAAUGACUGGAGUAUUUGAAAAAGAAAACACGGUCCAGAUUGAAGUUGUGGGAGACGAAAAGAUUUCAGUGCUAGACCUGAUGAAAAACAUACGCUUUCUGUGUGGAGGUUUAUUAGCAUGUCGAGUAUUAUCGGACAAGAAAUUUGAAAUCACAUUAAGCAAUGAAAAAGCAAAAAAGAGACUUUUGGACGGAUUCAAGAUGGGAUCAUCUACAAUACACGCCAAAGAACUUAUAAAUGAUGAACUGGUGGUCUCCUUCUUAACGUUACCAGCUUACAUCACAGACGAGGAGAUUUUAAGCAAGUUACAUACUUGGGGAGUUAAAGCAGUGUCAGAAAUCAAGCGUCGGGUGUGGCCGGGAACGAAGAUUGCCGAUGGAACACGGUUUGUAAAAGUCAAAUUUACUGAAACUGUACAGUCUCUGCCUUAUUCUGCCAGAUUUAACACAGCUCUUGGUCCAGAAUAUUUCAGAGUUAUUCAUGAUAGACAGGUUAAAGUUUGCAGGAUAUGUUUACAACCGGGCCACAUUGUCAGGGACUGUCCUGAUUUUUGCUGUCAUUUCUGCGGAGUCCAGGGGCAUUAUGUGAGAGAAUGCUCGGAAAAAAAACAGGAAAAGAAAUGUCAAAUCUGCCAAAAUCAAAUAGAUAAAUGCAUUUGCAACUUAAGUGAAUCUGAUGAUCAAGACCAGGGUCUGACAGCGGACUUCAAGGAAGCUGAUACGCAGAGCGGAGAGGAAAGCGAAAUGGAGGGGGAAGUGGAAGAGAAUGAGCAGGUGGAGGGAGGUGAGGAAGAGCUGAGCGAGUGCAUGCCAAGUGCUGAGUGGUCUGUGGCCAGAGCGCCGGACGCAGAGGUGUCCGGUGCGCUGGCUAUGGGCGAAGUAUCCAAAAACGGUAAAAACACAGUCGAAGAGGAGCGGGAAGAAGUCGCUGCGCCUCUUCCCCCUGUAGCCGAAGGAAACUCGCAGCUUCUAUCGCCGACCCAUCUGCCGUCUUUUCAGACCCCGCUGAGCGCUUUGCCGCGGACGCUCAAAAUAGUGGACUAUGUAGAGUCGGAUCCUGAUCUUGAUCUUACAAAAAUAAUACAAACUAGGAAAAGACUGGCAAGCCUAGCAACAAAACCCAAAAGAAAAGUAAAAAAAUGACUAUGGCAACUUUUUUCCACUUAACACUAAUGCUCCUUCUCUCGCUUAAUGCCCGUGGGCUCAACAGGGAAGAAAAGGUGAACGCAGUCAUUUUUCAAUCGCAUUUCGAUAUACUCUGUCUACAAGAAACAAAGUGGGAUAUUUCAAAAGAAAAAGAGAUGUCACAUAAAUGGAAAGGGAAAAUGUUUUCAUCUACAUCAAGUACUCAAGCGGGUGGGGUUGCCAUUUUUAUGAGGGAGGGUCUGUUUAACAAUUGUCAUUUAAUUCAUAAAGAUAAGCAGGGUAAACUUAUCAUAAUAGAUUUCUUUUACAAUAAUAAAUCAUGUAGGUUAAUUAAUAUUCAUGCACCAAACAUAGAUACACACAGGAAAAAGUUCUUUAUUGGUUUAAGACAAUGGAUAGUUACAAAUUGUAUCAUAAUAGGAGACUUUAACAUAACACUAACAAAAUCUGACGUUUCAAAUAACUGCACAUUUUCUGAGGAUUAUAGCAGGAACACACUUUUUGACAUUAUUACACAAAAUAGUUUGAUAGAUAUUUGGAGACUUUUUCACCCAGGUAAAAAACAAUUUACCAGAAAACAGGUCAUUUUAGGAAAACUGAAACAAUCACGACUCGACUUGUGCCUGAUCUCGUCUUCUCUUGUCCCCGAGGUGUCAUCCUGUCUCAUCCGGGACAACGUCUGGAGUGACCAUUCCUUCCUGCAGGUUGAGAUGGGAAGAGGCAUCAGAAAUGGGGGUCUCUGGUGUCUGAAUGCUGCUCUUCUUCAGGAUGAGGCUUACAGAGACCCCGAGACUUUAGAGCACCUGUUCCUCCACUGUCCCGGCUGCACCCUCUUCUGGAACAAGAUCCAUCAAAUCAUCAACAACAUCUCUACAUCGGACGACAACAACUGGGACUCAAUCAGACUUUUUGGAAUCACAUCUUCUCUCGGACAUUUAACAAAGACACAAUUUAACCUCUGUAACAUCAUUCUUUCCCUGGCCAGGCACACCAUCUACAUUUCCAGAAAUCUUCAACUCUAUGAUAACAAGAAAGUGGACCGUUGGAAGCUUUUUUCAGGACUAUUGCAAAAUCAUCUUAAAACAG